GAAACUGUCAAAAAGGUCACCUUCACAACCGUUGCAAAUAGAAGUUUUUCUCUCUUACACACACACACAAACUAGUAGCUGCGUCGGUGUUCUGUGUGUAUGUGCAAAGCAGUGGGUUAUAUCACGGGUGUGCGAGCCACAUUUUAGACGGGAUGUGUAUUUGCAAAAGAGUUUGAGCAUAGAUCAAAACAGAUUCAAAUUGUUAUUGUUCGACGUUCAGUGUUGGAUCAAUGAGAUACAACGUCGAUUUGCAGUGUAAAUAAGUUGCAGUGUUGCAAAUUCUCUCAAACAUCAAAUGCGAGUUUGAAUUGAACAAGAAGUCGAUUUAACGGAAUCAUCAUCGCAGCUCAAAAAAUUAAAGCAGUGUUUUGUUUUCUAAUCAGCUGACCGGGUUUUAUUUACGAGACACACACUUUGUUCUGUCACAAGAAGAGAGAGCAAUUUAGAGACGAAUUUCAAUUUCAAUAGUUGAUAAAAGAAUUGAAUUGGUUCUUUUUGGACGGAUUUCUUGCAACAAUUUCAAGAUUAGUAGCAUCAAACAUUGGUAGUUGUCGGUGACGUUUCAUCCUAUAAACUAUUUCAACUGUUUAAUGUGUUCUUCUUUUCGGAUUCUAUUCCACCAACAAAAAAGAGAGCAGCGAUUCAAGUGAUGACGAAAUCCAGCAAUGAUGUGCUUAGCAUCGCUUUGCAACAUGGUGUCAAUGCGGAGGGUCAAUUGUAUCGAUUGAAACGUGGAACCAAAUUGCGACUGGUGCCAGGAGCCAGCCUACUCGGACGAAAUGUUGCCCUGUACUGCAACUAUCCGGUUACAGGUAGCGAUGGUGAUGAAAAAGCCGAAUUUAUUCGCCAUCAAUAUCUACAUUUGAAUUGGUACAGCCGUGAUGGCAAGAAGCUAAGCGACGGUUUGCAUCCAUUCACACAAAUUACGGAUUUGGAUACGCAUUGCGAACUUCAAGUCAAUCGUGCAGGCACGUUUCAUUUUUACUUCACUUAUGAUAACAGCAAUGACCGUCAUAAUAAACGUCAAGGUUCGCUGUACGUUCAAGUCGAACCGAAGAUAAUUGUUGGCGCACAGAAAACUAGCAAAGAAAUCCCAUUGGAUUCAAUCCGCUGUCAAACUGUUUUGGCAAAAUGCCUCGGACCGCUAUCAACAUGGGAAAGCAAAUUGAUUGUAGCCAAAAAUACUGGAUACAAUAUGGUUCACUUUACGCCAAUCCAGGAACUUGGAGAAUCAAGAUCGGCAUACUCACUCAGCCACCAAUUGAAACCGAAUCCAGAUUUCAAUGACUUACAAGUCCAUGGGAAAAUCGUUAAAAAUGUAACAUUUGAAAACAUUGAAAAAUUCGUGAAGAAAAUGCGCACCGAAUGGGGUGUCUCGUCGAUAUGUGAUAUCGUAUUGAAUCACACUGCCAACGAAUCAGAAUGGCUGCAAGAGCACCCGGAUGCUACAUACUCAUGUUUCACUAUGCCACAUUUGCGUCCGGCGUUUUUGUUGGAUGUUGUUUUUGACUUGGUGGCGCGCGAUGUAAAGAAUGGCAAUUUGGAAACUAUCGGUGUGCCAACACUCGUCGAAAACGAAGAUCACAUUCAAGCGCUGCGUCAUCAUAUACACACAACUUACUUGCCAAAGGCCAACCUAGCCCAAUUCUAUCAGUGCAAUAUUGAGAAAUAUGUGUCGUUAUUCAGUGAAAGGAUUCGCACCGGACGACCACCAAGUGCCUCGAGUCCAGUGCAACAAGAAGAUUUGGUGUUGAUUCAAGACUCCGAAUACAAGCGUCUCGGCACGGAAAUUGAUUUUGAUUUGGCUUUGUCCAAGUACAAUGUUUUCCGAACGGACGCAUUCGACGAGGACACCCGUCGGCGCAAGUGUAUCGAAGCGUUCAGAACAAGAUUAGAGUAUUUAAAUGAGGAAGUUCGUCGGGAGAUUGAAGAGUACUUGAACUACGCUGUAGAAAAUGCAUUGGCUGGUGUGCGAUAUGAGCGUGUUCAAGGUGAUGGACCACGUGUGCGUGUCAACGAUAACACUCACCCAUUGUUCAGUCGGUAUUUCACGCCGGACAAAAAAGAUUUGUCAUUCGAUGAAUACGAAAAAUUAAUUUACACCGACAAAGGAAAACAGUUUAUGGCCCACAAUGGCUGGGUCAUGAGUGCCGAUUCACUCAAUGACUUUGCAUUACCUCAACCAAAUCGCGGUAAUGUUUAUAUCAAACGUGAGCUCAUUGCAUGGGGCGACAGCGUCAAACUGAGAUUCGGUGAGCGACCAGAAGAUAGCCCGUACUUGUGGAAUCAUAUGAAAAAGUACGUUGAAACAACCGCUCGCAUUUUCGAUGGAGUGCGUUUGGAUAAUUGCCAUUCGACACCUUUGCACGUCGCCGAAUACAUGCUCGACUGUGCGCGUAGAAUCAAUCCGGAACUGUAUGUUGUGGCUGAACUUUUCACGAAUUCAGAUCACACCGACAACAUAUUCGUCAACCGAUUGGGCAUCACGUCGUUGAUUCGAGAGGCAAUGUCUGCUUGGGAUUCACAUGAAGAAGGGCGUUUAGUGUAUCGAUAUGGUGGAGCUCCAGUUGGUGCAUUCUACAAUAAUCUCAAACGACCACUUGCACCAGGCAUUGCCCACGCUCUGUUUUUGGAUUUGACUCAUGAUAAUCCGUCACCCAUUGAAAAACGAUCUGUUUUUGAUUUACUUCCAUCUGCUGCGUUGGUAUCAAUGGCAUGCUGCGCGACUGGCAGUAAUCGUGGCUAUGAUGAGCUUGUUCCACACCACAUUCACGUUGUCAACGAACAAAGACAAUAUCAAGAAUGGGGAAAUGGUGUUGAUGAAAAAAGUGGAAUCAUUGCUGCUAAACGUGCUCUAAAUCUUUUGCACGGUGAAUUGGCCGAGACGGGAUUCAGUCAAGUGUUUGUCGAUCAAAUGCACACAGAUAUUGUGGCUGUGACUAGACACAAUCCAACAACACAUCAAAGUGUCAUUUUAGUUGCUCACACCGCAUUCAGAAAACCAAAUCCAAACGCAGGACCAACCGGCGUUCGACCAUUGCAAUUCGAAGGCUCGUUGGAUGAAAUCAUCCUAGAAGCUGAGCUCACGCACAAUGGGUCCGGCAAAACAUAUGAUCAAUUCACGAAUUUCGUCAAGAAUGAUAUAUUUAUCAAUGGUCUCGACGAAUACGAGUUGAACGUUAACGAGCAUAUUCCAUUAACUGAAUCGAAUAUAUUCGAUCACAGGUCGUAUCGAGACGGCAAUCGCACCCAGUUGAAUUUUGUGAACUUGAGACCCGGAAGUGUCGUCGCCGUUAGAGUUUCGCUCUACGAAAAGACCAAACCUCAUUUUGCCGAAUUGGAAGAAUUGAUAAAAUCCCUCCGAACUGAAAGUGGUGCCAAAUAUGAGGAAUUGAAAACGAUUAUUUCAAAAUUGAAUUUGAAUGAUUUGAACAAUGCAAUUUAUCGAUGUGAUCAAGAAGAACGUGAUAUGGGCAUUGGGACAGGCAGCUAUAACGUUCCAAAUUACGGAUCGUUGGUCUAUUGUGGAACACAAGGUUUUGUGUCAGUUUUGACAGAAAUCGCACCGAACCACGACCUCGGCCAUCCAAUUUGCGAAAAUUUACGGCAAGGUGAUUGGAUGAUUGACUACAUUCAUCAACGCAUCGCCAAAAAUCCAAACACUGCCGACUUGUCAAAAUGGUUCGCCAACAAUAGUGUCGCUCUGAAACAAAUCCCAAGAUACUUGAUACCUAGCUACUUUGAUGUCAUUGUAACCGGCAUGCAUCAAUUGCUAGCGGACAGAGCCAUCGAAUUAAUGUCACCAUUCAUUCGCAACGGAAGCAGUUUCGUGAAGGAUUUAGCCCUUGGUUCCGUGCAAUGUGUAGCCAUUUCGAAUUCGGCUGAUUUGCCUAAAUUCAGUCCAAAAGUAUCAAAUCCGAAACCAUUGUCUCCAUGCCCAACGCUCUCGGCUGGCUUACCACAUUUUUCGACUGGUUACAUGCGUUGUUGGGGUCGCGAUACAUUCAUCGCAUUACGUGGUUUGCUCUUGUUAACUAGUCGCUACGAUGAGGCUCGCUACAUUAUUCUGGGAUUUGCUGCUUGUCUGCGACACGGUCUCAUUCCAAAUCUUCUGGACAACGGAACGAAACCACGUUUCAAUUGUCGUGAUGCCAUUUGGUGGUGGUUGUACAGCAUCAGAGAUUACGUUUAUGAAGCACCAAAAGGUCAUGCAAUUCUAAAUGAACCAGUAUCCCGUCUGUUCCCAACCGACGAUUCGGAUCCAAAGGCACCUGGCGAAUGUGAUCAACCCCUUCACCAAGUCAUUCAAGAAGCGCUUAACAUACACUUUCAAGGUUUGGUAUUCCGCGAGCGAAAUGCUGGCCAAGAAAUUGAUGCGCAUAUGAAAGAUCAAGGGUUUAACAAUCAAAUCGGUACCAAUCCGAGCACUGGUUUCGUUUUCGGUGGAAACGAAGCAAACUGUGGCACAUGGAUGGACAAAAUGGGAUCAUCAGACAAAUCUGGAAAUCGAGGCGUGCCGACGACACCACGUGAUGGUUCAGCUGUUGAAAUUAUUGGCUUGCAAUAUGCUGGAUUGAGAUUUUUACAAAAAUUAUCCGAAUCUCAGUUAAUACCGUACGAUUCAGUUGAACGUAAUGGCAAAGGUGGAGAAAAAACGGUUUGGUCACUCAAAAAGUGGGCUGAUUUGGUUCAAGCUAACUUUGAAAAAGAAUUCUAUACCACACCUGAAAUGGGCGAUUUGGUAAACAAAGUUGGAAUUUACAAAGAUUCAUUUGGCGCAACACAGGCUUGGGCUGAUUUUCAAUUGAGAUGCAAUUUUCCAAUUGCCAUGGUUGCGUCGCCGGAUUUGUUUGACCCGAAACACGCUUGGCAUGCAUUGGAAGUUGCCAAAAAAUACUUGCUCGGUCCUUUGGGUAUGAAAACUUUAGAUCCAGACGAUUGGAACUAUCGCGGUAAUUAUGACAACAGCAACGAUUCGGAUGAUCCAAAGGUUGCUCAUGGCGCCAAUUAUCAUCAAGGACCGGAAUGGGUAUGGCCAAUUGGUUUCUAUUUACGUGCUCGACUCAUUUUUGCCGAGAAAAACAAUUGCCUAAAGGAAACAGUCGCUGAAACAUAUUCAAUUUUAACGGCACAUUUACGUGAAAUUGAAACGUCACAUUGGCGAGGCUUACCAGAAUUAACAAAUGAAAAUGGUUCCUAUUGCUCAGAUUCAUGUCGAACACAAGCGUGGAGCAUGGCUAACGUUUUAGAGGUGCUUGAUGAUCUGAAUAAAAUUCAAAUUGCUAGCAAGGGCAGCAAAUAAAAAAAAUAAUCAAAUAGUCAAUUUAGAGAGCAAUACCAAACAGAAAAAAUCAUUUAUUGUUAAAAUCAUUAUUGAUAUGUAUUUAUAUGUAAAUAAGUGUUUGUUAAAAAUAUAGAUUUGCAUUGGGAACAACUAAAAAAAAGUCGAAGGAAAGGAACAAAGACACUUAAUGUCGAUUGUGUCAGUUUUUGUCUUAUUUGUAAAAAAUGUCGUUGAAAUCACACAUUAAUCUGAACAAAAAUUGAAUCGAAUCUACAUACCGAAUUUUUUGAGACAGCUAAAUAAAUACUCACUAUUUUUGAGAAUAUUCUAACGAAAAAAUUAUUUUAUUGAAAUAAUUCCAUUUGAUGCUAAUGUUUCUAUUGAAUAUUUUUCUAAAGAAUUUUAUUCGACUACAA